ACUGGUUCACUAAGAAGAUCCGGUUAAAUAGAACAAUUCGUUCGCGAACCGGACAUCACUACUUAUGUGUUUAAUGUCUUCUUGGUUACUCGGCUUUUCCUGUGAUACUAGCUUUUUAAUCGGACAGUGAGUAAUUUAAGAUCAGGGGCUCGGAUUUGAGGAAAGGGAGUUACCUUUGAACUAUUCAUCUGUGAAAAUGCGAUAUGCACGUGAGGUGACAUUUCCGAUGCUCGUGAGAGCGUAUGCCACAGCUUCAAAGACUGAGACCGUCGCUUCUAACGGCAAAGCAGGACUUAAAGCAGCAGAUAUCGCGAACAGACUCCGGAGUGAAAAGGAAAAUCAAACAAAUGACAAAGAUGAGGUUCCGGUGUCACCUCUUCAAAACAGAGUAAACGAACUCAAACAGUUCUCUCAGCAACUGCAAUCUGUUCAUCCCAGUGUGCUCGUAAAAGCUCUUUACAGGGGUAUCCUUUAUCAAGACCAAAACAUAAUCGCAAUAAAUAAACCAUACGGUGUGCCUCUGCAUAAUGUAGAUGGCAUCAGAAACAGCAUAGUAGAAUGUCUGCCUUUGCUAGCAAAGAUAACUGAUGGCAUGCAGGCAGGAGCACAGUUGCACCUUUGCCAUAGCUUGGAAAAAGAAAAUACUGGAGUUUUGAUCCUGGCUAAAACGGAGGAAGCCGCUGAACAUGUCCAAACACUCAUCAGAUCACACAAAGUGGAAAGGAAAUACUUGGCAGUCACUGUAGGUGUGCCCGUUCCAUCCGAGGGAGUGAUUGACAUUCCCAUUAUAGAGAAGGAGGUCACGGGACCUCAGCCGCAUUUUAAGAUGGGUCUGAGCCCAUUGUUCAAAGUGAGUGAGGAGGGAGAUGGAGUGACCCGGGUAAGAGCUCAUCGACAGGCACACAGUGCAGUCACGCAGUAUCGGGUUCUGGACAGCACCAGUGGCUGCAGCUUGGUGGAACUGCAGCCUGUCACAGGUGUGAAAAACCAACUUCGCGUGCACAUGGCUCUUGCUUUGACCUGCCCCAUUCUUGGAGACCACAAAUAUGCUCACUGGAACAAACUAGCACCACAGAAGCUGCCAGAGGGCAUACUGCGACGGCUGGGCCUGGUGCAGAGUAAAACACGAUACCUCCCUCUUCACCUGCACUCCCGAAGGAUCGUCCUGCCAGGGGUCAAAGGUCACAGUGGCAUCACCGUGUCCUCUCCCCUUCCUAAAUACUUCACCAACACCUUAAAGAGACUACAGAUCCCACUACCGGGAAAAGAAUGAGAUGGAUCACAGCUAGCAACGCCAUUUGAAAAAGUAUUACAUUUGUAUUGAGAGGAUGAAGUGGGGUGGAUUUGACUCUGACUGUAGAAAAGGUCAUGUACAAAGCGGGCAUUACAUUGUGUAUUCUGAAUGUUUUUUGUCCAGACUUUGUAAUAAAAGACCAUUGAAAGCGUUUUACGAAGAAAAAUUAUAUCUUUGCUUCACCUGUGAAUUACGUAAUGACAAUUUAAUAAUUGUGCAAUUUAGGGAUCCACAAUAUACAUGUACCAUAUAAUUUAUCAGCCAACAUUAGAUUUUUUAAAUAAUCAUUACUGGUUGAUGUUACACAU